UAAGUCCAGUCACUCUCAAGUAAUUUUUCUGCUUUGGAUGAAUCAAAAUGUCCAGCGAUUACAGACUAUUGGUGAAAAAUGCCAAACAGGUGGUUCUGAUCUGCAACAAUGGAGAGAAAUACCUGAUGAAGCAGGGGAUGCAAAAUCUUUGUGUGAUUGAAAAUGGAAGCAUUGUAAUAGGGAGCGAUGGGCUGAUUAAAGCUGUGGGGCCUGCUGAAACCAUCAGAGCUCAGUAUUCAGGAGCAACGUUUGAUAAAGUGAUUGAUGCAGCAGGAAUGUGUGUCCUGCCUGGUUUGGUUGAUGCUCACACCCACCCAGUCUGGGCUGGUGACAGGGUGCACGAAUUUGCAAUGAAGCUGGCAGGGGCCACCUACAUGGAUGUGCAUCGGGCCGGAGGAGGGAUCCACUUUACAGUGGAGCACACUCGAGCUGCCGCAGCCUCUGAGCUUCUGACCUCCCUGAGCAGCAGGCUGACUCGGAUGCAGCGAGCAGGCACCACCCUGGUGGAGUGUAAGAGUGGCUACGGCCUGGAGCUGCAGACUGAGCUCAAGAUGCUGGAGGUGAUCGAGCAGGCCAGACGCACCCUGCCCAUCAACAUCUCCUCAACCUACUGUGGAGCCCAUGCGGUGCCCAAAGGGAAGACAGUAGCAGAAGCCACAGAGGACAUCCUGCAGGUCCAGCUGCCACGGCUGAAAGAACAGAUGUCUGCUGGGACUCUCAGAGUCGACAACAUUGACGUGUUCUGCGAGCAGGGAGUGUUCGACCUCAGCUCCACUCGCUCCGUCCUGCAGGCUGGCAAAGACAUGGGCCUCAACAUCAACUUCCAUGGAGAUGAGCUUCAUCCCAUGAACUCUGCUCAGUUGGGAGCAGAGCUCGGGGCCUUAGCCAUCAGUCACCUGGAGGAGGUCACCGACGAGGGGAUUGCUGCCAUGGCUAAAUCAAAAACUGCUGCAGUCCUUCUUCCAACUACAGCCUACAUUCUCAGGCUGCCCCAGCCUCGGGCCAGAGCCAUGUUGGAAGCUGGAGUAAUUGUUGCCCUCGGCAGUGACUUCAACCCCAACGCUUACUGCUGCUCCAUGCCAAUAGUCAUGCACCUGGCCUGUGUCAAUAUGAGGAUGUCCAUGCCUGAAGCUUUGGUUGCGGCCACCAUCAACGCAGCCUACGCUCUCGGACGCUCCCACACACAUGGCUCCCUGGAGGUCGACAAACACGGAGACCUGCUGGUCCUCAACACCACAAGAUGGGAGCAUCUGAUCUACCAGCUGGGAGGACACCAGGAGCUCAUCCGUUACGUCGUCAUCAAGGGCAACGUCGUCCAUGAUAAUGACAAAACCAUGGACUUAUAACCGGAUAAGAACGCCCUGCUGACUGAGUCUGAUUACUGAAGGUACUAUCAGAAACACUGUUAGACAACUGUGGCAUGUAUUCAUCUGUGAUGUGUGAGCACUGGCUUAGAAAAACUGGGGACCUAAGGUUCAGUUGUAGUCACUGAGGUGUCACUGUGUGUACUGCAGACUGAGGCCAAUGGAUCAGUGUUACUAUCCCAACAGUGUUAACAAAUCCUCUAGAAACUAAUGUUCUCUUAGAUAAAAGUCAUGUUUAUCUGUUUCUGUCAUGCAGAGUGAACUUACCUUUUCUUUUUCGCCUGUAAAAUGCAUUUUAAGUCACGUAUCAGGCCUUUGGUGACAACAGCAGGCAGAAGAAUUUCAUUAUCACCUCAGAAACAGGUAAAAUAUUUUUGCACCUCAUGUGAUCAAAGAGUUUAUUGAUGUGGCCUUUGUUUAACCCUUCAGUGACCUGAUGGUUAC